GAGCAGAAGGAGCAGGACAGCAGAGAGGAGCCCGAGGAGGAGACGCACACAGGAGAGAAACACCCGUCUCGGAAUUUUUUGGGGAGGAAGACAACUCUACUGUGACAUCAUAUUUCCCGGAGACACAAAGUGGAGGAUAAAACAGGCGAGCACCUUCUCUGUCAGUGUGGGAACGGAUCCACUCAGGGGACACAAAUGUGAGCGCCGCGCACGGAUCACACUCAGGUGCAGAGAAACCAAACUGGCGGCGCACUUAGGAUGCAGAAGUCACCAGUGGAAGAUGCAAACUUCCUCUCCAAAUUUUUCUUCUGGUGGACGACACCGCUGCUGAGGAAGGGCUUCAGAAAGAAGUUGGAGCUGACAGAUGUGUAUAAGGCUCCGUCUUUUGAUCUGGCAGACAACCUCUCUGAGAGACUUGAAAGAGAAUGGGACAGAGAGGUGGCGUCAGCCAAGAACAAGCCCAGGCUGAUGAGAGCGCUGGCCCGAUGCUUCCUCGGCCCUUUCGCCUUCUUUGGCAUCCUCCUCUACCUCGGGGAGGCUUCCAAGACGGUGCAGCCUCAGCUUCUGGGUCGCAUCAUCGCCUCAUUCGACCCUUUCCACGCUCCUGAGCGGGGUCAGGGAUACUUCCUGGCUCUCGGCCUCUGCCUCCUCUUCACUGCCCGUUUCCUCCUGCUGCAACCUGCCAUCUUUGGCCUGCAUCACCUGGGCAUGCAGAUCCGCAUCGCCCUGUUCAGUCUCAUAUACAAGAAGACCCUGAAGCUGUCCAGCCGAGUCUUGGAUAAGAUCAGCACAGGUCAGCUGGUCAGUCUGAUGUCUGCCCACCUCAACAAGCUGGAUGAGAGCCUGGGUCUGGCCCACUUUGUGUGGAUCACUCCCCUGCAGUGUAUUCUGUGUGUGGGUCUGAUCUGGGAGCUGAUCGAGGUGAACGGCUUCUGUGCGCUGGCAGCUCUGACUCUGCUCGGCAUCAUCCAGGCCUGGCUCUCACAGAAGAUGGGACCGCACCGGACACAGCGAGCAGGGAUGAUCAGCCGCCGUCUGGCUCUCACCACAGAGAUCGUGGAGAACAUCCACUCUGUGAAGGCGUACGGCUGGGAGGAGGUGAUGGAGACCAUCAUCAAGAACAUCAGGCAGGACGAGAUGACGCUGACGAGGAAGAUCGGUUCUCUGCGUUACUUCUACAGCGCCUCAUACUUCUUUUCCGCCAUCUUGGUCAUCGUGUCUGCCAUCGUGCCGCAUGCGCUCAGUAAAGGCAUCAUCCUGCGGCGUAUCUUCACCACAGCCUCCUACUGCAUGGUGCUGAGAAUGACGCUGACCCGCCAGCUGCCAGGAUCCAUCCAGAUGUGGUAUGACACGCUGGCACUGGUCAAGAAGAUUGAGGAUUUCUUGUUGAAGGAAGAAUACAGAGUGCUGGAGUACAACCUGACCACCACUGAACUGGAGCUGGUCAACGUGUCUGCAUCCUGGGACGAGGGCAUCGGUGAGCUGUUUGAGAAGAUCAAGCAGGAGAACAAAGCUAACGGACACCUGAACGGUGACGCCGGCCUCUUCUUCACUAACCUCUACGUCACACCUGUGCUCAAAAACAUCAGCCUGUACCUGGAGAAGGGCAAGAUGCUGGCAGUGGCUGGAUCCACUGGCUCAGGGAAGAGUUCCCUGCUCAUGAUGAUCCUGGGAGAGCUGGUGCCAUCGGAGGGUAAAAUCCGACACAGCGGUCGCAUCUCCUUCUCACCACAGACUUCCUGGAUCAUGCCGGGGACGAUUCGAGACAACAUCCUGUUUGGCCUGACCUAUGACGAGUACCGCUACACCUCCGUCAUCAAGGCCUGCCAGCUGGAGGAGGACUUUGCUCUGCUGCCUGAAAAAGACAAGACGCUCCUCGUUGAAGGAGGGGUGACCCUCAGUGGCGGUCAAAGGGCUCGUCUUGGACUGGCCAGGGCUGUGUAUAAAGAUGCAGACCUCUACCUGCUAGACGCACCUUUCACCCACCUGGACAUCGUGACAGAGAAAGAGAUCUUUGAGAAGUGUGUGUGUAAACUUAUGGCCUCCAAGGCACGCAUUGUAGUCACCAGCAAGUUGGAUCAUCUAAAAAGAGCCGACAAAAUCCUUCUACUGCACAACGGAGACUGCUACUUCUACGGUACCUUCUUCGAGCUGCAGGCCCAGCGCCCUGACUUCAGCUCCCUCCUCCUCGGCAUGCAGGCUUAUGACAACAUCAACGCAGAGCGACGCAGCUCCAUCCUCACAGAAACUCUCCGCAGGGUCUCCAUCGAUGAAACCGCUGGCUUCCGAGGCCCAGAGACACUUCGCCAGUCAUUCCGCCAGCCGCCGCCUCCCAUAGUCAUCUCUGGAUCCCAAGGCCAUCCUGGAGGUGAUAGCUACCCAGAAAAACGCAAACAGUCCCUCAUCCUCAGUCCCUUGGCAGCCGCUCGCAAGUUCUCCUUCAUCGGGAACUCCCAACAGACUGCAAAUGCUCCCCAGUCCGCAACGAUAGAGGACGGGGCUCGUGAACUUUCUGAGAGGAAAUUCUCAGUAGUACCGGAGGAUGAUCAAGUAGAGGAAGUGCUCCCCAGGGGGAACUUGUACCAUCAUGGGUUGCAGCACCUCAACGGGCAGCGGCGCCAGUCUGUCCUAGCGUUCAUCACCAACUCUCAGGGCCAGGAGCGCAGAGAGCAGAUGCAGUCCUCCUUCAGGAAAAAGCUGUCCAUCACACCGCAGUGCGACCUGGCGACCGAGCUGGACAUUUAUGCCCGCCGCCUGUCCAAGGACAGCGUGUAUGACAUUUGUGAGGAAGUGGAUGAAGAAGACAUGGAGCAAUGUUUUGCAGACGAACGUGACAACAUCUUUGAAACUACCUCAUGGAGCACUUACCUACGCUACAUCACCACCAACAGGAGCUUAGUCUACGUCUUAAUUUUUAUCGUCGUAGUCUUCGCCCUUGAGGUUGCUGGAUCAGUCCUUGGCAUUUUCCUCAUUACUGAUGAGAUCUGGAGGGACGGCGCCAACCCGGCAUCACCAAACUACAUCGACGAGCAGCACCCCAACACCUCGUCGCCCCCCACCCACCUGGCAGUCAUCGUCACACCGACAAGCGCCUACUACAUCAUCUACAUCUUUGUGGCCACGUCGGAGAGUGUGCUGGCCUUGGGAUUCUUCAGGGGUCUCCCAUUAGUGCACACGUUACUCACUGUGUCCAAAAGACUGCAUGAACAGAUGCUUAGCGCCGUGCUGCGAGCUCCCAUGGCCGUGCUCAACACCAUGAAGACAGGCCGGAUCAUGAACAGGUUCACCAAGGACAUGGCCACUAUAGACGACAUGCUGCCUCUGGUGCUGUUUGACCUCAUACAGCUCACGUUGAUUGUUACGGGUGCCAUCUUCACUGUGUCCAUCAUGCGACCUUACAUCUUCAUCGCUGCCAUCCCGUUGGCUUUCCUCUUCGUUAUCCUCAGAAAGUACUUUUUACGAACUGGACAGCAGCUCAAGCAACUGGAGGCUGAAGCUCGCAGCCCCAUCUUCUCCCACCUCAUCAUUUCAUUGAAGGGUUUGUGGACGAUUCGGGCAUUUGGGCGUCAGACCUACUUCGAGAUGCUCUUCCAUAAAGCGCUCAAUACUCACACAUCCGCCUGGUUCCACUACUUGUGCACGCUGCGUUGGUUCCUCUUCCGCUGUGACAUGAUCUUCGUCCUGUUCUUCACCGCCGCUGCCUUCAUCGCCGUGGGAACCAACCAGGACAAACCAGGGGAGAUUGGCAUCAUCGUGGCCCUGGCCAUGCUUAUUCUGGGGACUUUCCAAUGGGCUGUCAUCACUAGCAUCACUGUGGAUGGACUGAUGCGUUCGGUGGAUCGGGUGUUCAAGUUCAUUGACAUGCCACCAGAGGAGCCACUGCCAGGGAAAUCUGGUAAAGGAGGCUCCGACCUCGUCAUCGACAACCCACACGCCAAGGACUGCUGGCCCAACCGUGGCCAGAUGGACGUCCGGGGCCUCACUGUCAAAUACACGGAGGCUGGUCGCUCCGUCCUCAGCGACAUCUCCUUCUCUGUGGAUGGAGGGCAGAGCGUGGGUCUGCUGGGUCGAACCGGUUCAGGGAAGAGCACCCUGCUCUCCGCUCUGCUGCGUCUCGCCUCCACUGAUGGAGAAAUCUCCAUCGACGGCAUCUCCUGGAGCUCCGUGUCCCUGCAGACAUGGAGGAAGGCCUUCGGGGUGGUGCCGCAGAGAGUCUUUAUUCUGACCGGCACCUUCCGGAUGAACCUGGACCCUCAUGGACGUUACAGUGACGAAGAGCUGUGGAGGGUCGCUGAGGAGGUGGGUUUGAAGUCAGUGAUCGAGCAGUUUCCAGAGAAGCUGGACUUUCAGCUGGAGGACGGAGGCAACGUGUUGUGCAACGGACACAAACAGCUGCUGUGUCUCGCCCGCUCCAUCCUCAGCAAGGCCCGCAUCCUGCUGCUAGACGAACCCUCCGCCUACCUCGAUCCCAUAACGUUACAGGUCCUGAGGAAGACGCUGAAGCAGGCGUUCUCUGGCUGCACCGUCAUCCUAUCAGAACACAGAGUGGAGCCGCUGCUUGAGUGUCAGUCAUUCCUGAUGAUUGAGGGCAGCUCCAUGAAGAGCUACGACUCCAUCCAGAAGCUGCUGAAUGAGAGGAGUCACCUGAAACAGGCCAUGAGCCCCGCCGACAGGCUCCGCCUCUUCCCCACGCUUCACCGCCUCAACUCCAGCAAGAGGGCACCGCCGCAGGCCGCCAAGAUCUCGUCUCUGCCGGAGGAAGCUGAGGAUGACAUCCAUGACACUCGCCUCUAACCCGCCAGGCACUCACACGCGCGCACACACGGACACACACACUCCUAACUCAGAACACACAAGAGUUUGAUCCAGUGUUUUGAUACUGGUGAUCGUGGGUCUAAGAGAUAAACAGUAAACAGACAUUAUUCCCUCAAACUACCAGUGAACAAGCAUCUCAAUAACUACGGGACACUGAAACAUUUUAUUCAUCAGGAGAACUCAGAUUACACUGAGUCAUAAUGGACUAAAAUCAAAAAUUAAAUGCGCAAAAAAAGUUCCAUCAUAUUUACAUGAAACAAAACUGACUAGUUUGAUUUUUAAUAAAACAUCCAGUUUUGACCAGUAUAAUAAUUUAACCCUUGUGCACAUACAGAAUAUUGCACACAUGCAAAUUAGCAUGUAGAGACACAAGCACAGACGACACACGUCCAGUAACAACAUAGCAAAGAGCAUCAAGCCACACACAGCUGUUUACUGUCACAUGAUGAGGCUGAUGUGUGGAGCUAAUAUAGUAAGUGUUGGAGGACAUUUUGCACCCAUAUAAUAAAAAGUUAUGUGUCUGUAAUUGUUUGAAUGCUAACAGCUGAAACACAAGAUGGCGGCGUGCAUAGUGGCAGCGACCCAGAGCCCUCCCCGCUUUAGCAGAAUUAGAUCUAUUGAUCUAUCUAACAGCCCUGUGCGUUGAUCUUAGAGUGCUUUCACACCUGACCUGUUUGGUUUGAUAAAAACGAACUCAGGUCCAUUUGUUCGUGUGGUUCAUGUGGGCAAGUCUGAAAGCUGUCAGUUGAACCCUGGUGUAGACCGAACAACUGAACCAACACUGCUCAAAAAAGUGGGUCUCAGUCCGCUUCCAAACGGACUCUGGUGCGGUUUGUGUGCAGAUAGCAGAUGUGGCAUUUUAGCAGCCAUUUGCUGAUCCUGGUAAAGGCCACGUAUAUCCCAUAAACUAUUUCUGCUAAUGCAUACAUGUAACCAUGGUAACAGGGUAUUUUCCCUGAUUAAAAAGCUGUUCAAACUGCCAUCAUUGUAUCCGACUCAGUUUACUUUGUCUGUCCAUGUAAAAGAGCGUGACAGUGAUCCCACAGUAUGAAGCCCCGAAUCAUUUCGUCUUUUCAUCCUGUCUCUGUUCGUCAGUAUUCAGAACAUGCGAUUGAUUUGCAGUCUAAUAACAGCCUCCUAAUAAUGCUUACAGUCAGUUAUUUCUCUGUGAGCUCUUUGUGAAACCGAAAAACAGAAAUAUAAACACUUUGGAAGCAUUAAAGUUCUGCUGCAUGAACAUCAGUCGGUAGAACUUUAUGUUCACUCCUCUUCAUUCGUUUGUAAAAAGUCGGUGUGAACAUGAACCGAACCAAAACUAAAACGCAGCAAUGGAUCAUUUUCUCCCUCCGGUGCGACCAAAUGAACUGAACCACAGGUGUGAAAGCACCUUAGAGCUGAAUGUUGCAUGAGUUUGAAUCAGGCGUGUGCAGUACAGAAUGUAACUUCAUAUUACAGUGUGCAAAACUUAACAGUUACACCACAUGUUGGCCAACACGAACAACAUGACUGCAAGUUUAGAAGAUAUUCAUAAAAACAUUCGUAUGCAGGUGAAUUGAAAUGAAAGGAUCAGGCGACAGAAGCAUGAAAAAGUUCCCAAAUUGAAGCUUUUGCUGUAAAUCUGUCUCUAAAUUAGAACAAUAAUAAUAAGGCAGUGUCUGUAUUUGCUGCAGGGAGACAUCGAAAUGGGAGACUGUACUUUAACAAGCAUGAAAAAUAAGAUCCUUCCAUGUAGCAGGGACCAGAGCGACGUGGUUAGACGUAAUGUGCACAUAUUAACACGUCCUAAAAUCUAUGCUUCAGUGUGACUAACUAACUGGACACUUUGUCGUUGAAACAUUUGAAGUGCCUUUGCAGGUUUCAGUCAAACAGUGUGAGAGUUCCUUCAGUUCAGAUAAUCCUCAAAGUUUCUCUUCUGACGCCCAAAAGCUGUUGCUUUGAUAAAGCGUGAAGUGCAUUAGAUUUUUGUAGCAUGAUUUAAAAAAAUAAAAGCUGCACUGGUUUGGAUGAAGGGACUUUUACUUUCUGAGAAAAACACAAAGAAGAAAACGUUAGUGAGCAACCAGCUGGUUUUCACUGGAGCCUUCAGUCUCCUUAGAUUAUUUUAACUCAGACAGAACACAAAAUGGCCGCCACUGUAGAAAUCUGACUCACUGUAUGUAUCUCUUAUGAUCAGCUCUCUCUCCUGUACGAUUGAAAAGAGUAACUGUGAUCACAGCGAGGGAACAGUCAGGAAGCGCAGUAACUGUCACAUGCAUCUAAUCAACCAGCUUCAGGAAGCUGACAGGAGUUAAUAAUGUUGCACAUAAAAAAUCUCGUGGUCUGAGGCCUUGCUCAAACAGCCAAGGGCUCGACUGCAAAAAUCAGAUUUUUAGAAAACAUUUGAUUCUGUUUAUACUGUGUCAGUUUUAUUUAUAUGUGGCCUCAACAGAGAGAGUAAUUUGUUGUCUUAUUUUAGCGGUGACAUCACUGUUUCCUGUGGUGUUUAACAGCACAUCAAAGUAUUCGAUGCAAAGUGCUGCAUAAAGAAGACAAAGACUGAUUUUUAAGGUUUCUUAGGACAAAAGCUUCCCCAACACUUUAUUCUGACAAGGAAACUUACUGUGAACUAUUAUUUUGGUUUCCAAACUAGUGAUUGACACAGCACAGGUGUUGACAUUAACUAUAACUGUAUUUAAAGGUGCAGCAUGUGAUUUUGGAGAAAGAGAGUCGAUUGUUUUUUAACUCAUUUGGUUUUUAUAACAAAAGUAGAAAAACGUGCACAUGAUGCGUCGUGUUCAGCUUGAAAAAUAAUCUGUAAAUCCUUCAGGAUAAAAAGUGAUCAGAGCUUUGUAAAACGGAAUUUAGACAAACUGCAGCCGAGAGUGAGACUUCUACAGUGGCUCCAUGUGUUGAAAUAUCAUCUGAGUGUUUGCAUUUGUAUCUUUGGUUAGUCAGUCAGACACACACACACACACACACACACACCUACAGGAAAAGUGACGCCGCUGGCUAACACUAACGAGUUGUGACUCAGAAACUCUUACUUUUCUAUCUGUAUGCACUUUAGAGACACCCUGAGGUACUCAUCAGCGCUCACAGCGAGGAAACAGUCUGAUAAUUAAACGCUGUGCAACUUUUUUUUUCAAUUCCUCCGUAAAACAAAGUGUAGACGUAGAGUUGUGACCUUUUUUAACAAGUUACGCUUUUCACUUUAAUUUUCCAGCCUUUGUUACUUGAUAAAUUAUAGAGAGAAGACAGUAAUUAAAAAAAAUCCAUUUUCUAUUUGAAAUAAAGUGAAAUAUAUUUUUUCAGAGCCGCUGCUGUACAAACGCAAUGCGAACAUUUAGCAUUUCUUUUUUAUCAUUUUCCAAGUUAUAUCUGUUCUUCCCUUGGAAACUGGAAACUGUUGUGACUCUUCUGACAUCACUUUAUUUUCUUCGGUUGAGGGAAGAGUGUUGCUCCUUUCUUACUGUAUGAUAGUUUUGUAAAGCAGUGAUGCUGAUAAUUAAGGUACCAUGGAGAAAUGCCUCGACAUGUGAACUGUGACGACAGAUGUUUUUUUACAGAAUAAAUUAAGAACCGAGCUGUUUCUUACUCAUAGGAAGGGACGCACAUGUCCAAAAAAUGUAUAAAUGUAUUUGUUCAAUCAACUAUAUUUCCAGUAAAACUAAA